AUGUGCAACGAUGACCUCUCCUUGGUGACUUACAACUGGGUGCAAGGCUUGGACAUCCCGUACCCGAACUUCAACACGUACCAUACCUGCAAGAAUUGGGACACGUUCUUUGCGUUGAACCAGAAGCUCGAUGUUAGUGCCAGGUGGGAAGGUGGUAAGGUUGUUGAGGAAUACCCGAUACCAAGAAAGCCGGAACAUGUCGAUGGCAUGUGGCCACCUCCUUGA